UGCGCCAUUUUCCUUGUUUGACAUAUGAAGCCGAGUUACAGUGGCCAGAAAAAGUUAUAAAUUGCACAUUGCAAAAAGUGUAGAUAAUUAAUUAAAAGUGCCAAGCGAGCCGUUUAGCAGACCCAAGUGAUGUGCGUUCUUAUUGUAGCAAUGAAAGGCAGUUAAUUGUUGUAUAAAACGUGAUUUAGAUUGUCGUGUGCCCAACGUCGGGUCCGGGGGCAGCAGAUUCCGAAUAAAUAUAACAAAAGAGGCGCCAUUCCUGAGAACCCAAAGGCCCAUCCAGUGCAUCAGAUAAAAAUUCAUGUCGAUAUAAAAAAGCGCACACAUCAUUUGUCCAUUGAAUAAAGUAUAAAAUGGAGGAAAUAUCCAGUUUAGACUCUUUCGGGCCAGACUCCAAUGCCCGGCCAGAGACAGAAACGCCCCGACCCGAGGAGCAGAGCCCCCGCGGAGAAGUCCUCGGGGAGGAGGAGCAAGCGCCCAUUGUGGCCGAACAGGACACCCCCGCCUCACCGCCUGCGGAAGAUGCUGCUGGAAGUGUCGGGCACGUGGCGGUGGAAGUGCCCAAUCCCAACGAAGACUCUGAGGAGGCACCCGCCGCCGCCGCCGUUGGGUCAGUCGAAAAGGAUGCCGCGGAGCCAGAUGAAGACUUUGAUCAAAUAUCGGAGGGCUCCCUGGACGCGUACGAUAAUCAGUCGCAAGAGAAAGCAGAAAAACCCGCCACUCCACCUCCCCCCCAGCAAGACACAGCAGCAGAGGGAGCGGCAGAGCCAGAGGCAGACGCGGAAGCGCCAGAGGCAGACACGGACGCGGCAACACCAUUAUCAGCCGAGCCAGCAGCCGAUGAUGCUGACCCUCCGGAGGCCGAAGUACAGCCCGAAGCUGAAGCACAGCCCGAAGCUGAGGCUGGCGAUGAAGAGGAGCAGGAUGAUUGCGAGGAAGCUAGCAUGGCGGAGGCAACCGAUGAAGCCGAUGCCCUGAAGCUCACGGAUGCUGCGAGCGAACAGGAGGCAGAUGCAGUCGACGGUGCUCCGGCCUCCAAUGAAGCCAUGGACGUGGAUGAAGGCGAAGCGGCCACCACUGUAGAUUCGCCGCACGAGACAGAGGUCGCAGACGAUGUGGAAAUGCGCUCCCCGGGUGAGGACGACUCUCACCCGGCUGACGAUACUGAGCCGCCCGAGGGUCGGGACGAGGUAGACGACAGCUUUGAGGAUCAUGAUGACGCUGCCGAUCCGGACGAGGCAGAGGGCGAAGUUCCUGCAGAAGAUGAGGACAAUGCAGAUGCCGACGCGGACGCGGAACCCGAAGAAGCAGCAGAAGAUGCCGGCGAGGCUGAGCAUGGCGAUGAUACCGUCGAGAAUGUGCUGGAACCCGAGGAAUCGGAUGUGUGCCUCAUUCCCGAUGACAACGAGACGGAGGUGACCGAAGCGGAGAAGGAAUGGGCCCGGGAGAACGCCGAGAAGGCUGCCGAGGAGGAGAUAGCCGCCGAGCAGGCCAGCUCCAAGACGCCAGAGAGCGAUGGGCAAACAGCCAAUGCCGAUCCUGCUGACCCAGAGGAUGGCGACACUGCCGCUGCAGCAGCAGAGCCCACAGAAGACGCGACAGCUGCCCCUCCGAAUGAUGCUCAGGCUGAUGCACCAGCUGGGACUCAGCCGACGGCAUCAGAGGGUGCUGAAGAUGACGUGCAGGACUCGCUGGCCAACGACGAGGAGGGUGCUGGCGAUGCCCCUGACGCUGAUGAGCCGACGGCCGAGGAGGCGGCCAGUGCCACAGCGGGCGAGGCAGGAGCCCCGCCCAAGAUCAUCAUCAGCUGGGUGGUGGGCAGCGUGCAGACUUGUCGGCAGUGUGGCAUCGAGAAGAGCUGCGGCUUUCGGUACAAGCGGCCAGAGGAGCCCAAGGAGGACGAGCAGGAGGUACCCGAGGAGUCGGCGGCAUCUGUGAAUGAGUAUCUGUGCGACCAGACCUGCUGCACGGCGCUGUUGGGCGAGCAGCCGGGAAAAUAUUUCGUUAGACGCAAGAAAUUCCUAGUCGAGGAGGUUGCCGGGUCCGGUGCGGAUAGCAGUGAGGAGACCCCAGUGGAGGUGGAAGCAGAAGGGAGCGAGACGACGGCAGAGGGAGAGGCAACAAGGACGGAGCUACAGCAACGCGACUGCCUGCAGUGCAAGGAGCAGACAAAAUGCAAAUACCUCAUCAGGCAGGACCAGGACACGUACUACAUAUGCAACGACGACUGCUUCAAUCUGCUGAAUGCCGAGGAGCCUGACAAGUACAAGCUGAAGCGGCACUCGAUCCGAGUGCGCAACAUCGGCGCCACCACCAUACAGGCCUCCGCCAAGAGGCCAGAGAGCAGCGUGGUGGCCCGCACGAACGUCGAGGCGGAGGCCACCCGACUGGAUCGCAUUGAGAGCUUCCGGCGGCGCUGUGCCGACUGCACGACUGAGAUAGACGUGAGCGAACGCCAGCUUAUGUGGGAGACGAUGGACUUCUGCAACGAGGUGUGCCUGCGCAGCUACCAACUGAGCAUUGGCUCCAAGUGCGAGACGUGCAAGCAGGAUGUGAGCUCCAUAGCCCUGGGCAAGUACUGCGUGAGGUUCGGGUUCGAGGUGAGGCAGUUCUGCUGCGCCGCAUGCCUGAACACCUUCAAGAAGGGCCUGAAGACGUGCUCCUGCUGCCAGAAGGACAUCAGCAGCGGGCAGGAGGGCUUCCUGGCGCCGGUGGGCGACAAGGAUCAGUUCAAGGACUUCUGCUCGCAGGUGUGCCUGCGCCGUUACGACUGCAUGUGCAAUCCCAAGAAGAAGCUGCGCACGGACAUGUGCGGCGUGUGCAACAACGAGAAGCAGGUGCGCGUGGAGAUGCUGCUCGACGACAAGGAGCACUACUUCUGCUCGAAUCCGUGCUUCUCGGCCUUCAAGUUUGUGAGCAACGUGAACGCCGACCCCUGCGCCAUGUGCUCCAAGUACUUUGAGCGCAAGAGCGCCGAGGCCUACACCAUCUACAGCGACCAGCAGGCACCAAAAGUGUUCUGCUCGCGCAUCUGCAUCAACGUGUACAUCAUCGUGAAUCGGCACAUCGUCUCCUGUCAGUGGUGCAAGGUCAAGAAAUACAAUUUCGAUAUGAUCUACCAGCUGGCCAGCGACCAGGAGACCCUCACUUGCUCCAUCAACUGCCUCACCAUGCACGGCGUCAGCUGCAACAUCUCCGCCCGUGCUGUGACCAAAUGCGACAACUGUAGCCAGUUCAAUACGCCCCAGUACCACCUUACCAUGUCCGAUGCCUCCAUGCGCAACUUUUGUACAUAUCAGUGCGUGAUGCAGUUCCAGAAUCAGUUCUCCCGCACACCCCUCACUUUGGACAGCGACACCCAGCCGAGCAGCAGCAGCAAAUCGCAGCAGUCAGCGUCCACCGGACUGCUGCGCGGCGGCAACAAGAAUUCCACGGCACCCUUUCCCACGGGUCUGCCCAAGCGCGUCAAGUUAAAGCUGUCGAACGCCAAAAACAAUUCGAUGCCCGCCAACAAGAAAUCCAUCGGAAGCGGCACCGUGGUGCCAGUCAUAGCAAAUGUCACAUCGCUGGCCACCGAGAACGACGCGCGCGGAGCUAUGCGUCGCAAGCGUGGUCGCAAGCUAGACUCUCCGCCGCCGCUGGCCAUGAUUUCGAGUAGCCAAGGAUCCACCCAAGUGGGCUCGGUGGGUCGUGGGCGACCACGCAAGCACGUAGACUAUGGGACGCGCUCGCCGUCGCCAGGACUGGCAGGCGGCUCAACAGGCGGGCUGAUCGCUGCCCGUCGAAACACGGCCACAGGCAGCAGCAUCAUUGAUUUUGCGGCCCCCAUCACUGAGACGAAGAUCAUCACGGUGCCGCCGUACCCAAAGGCCGUGCGCAAUGUAAACAUCAGCUGCAAGCCCAUGAUGGUGUCCACGGGCGAGCAGUGCACGCCGUCGAUGCGAGACUGCGCAACGCAGACGGACAAGGACUAUUCCAACAAGGUGUUGAUUCCAGUGCCAGUGCCGAUAUUUGUGCCACAGCCCAUGUACAUGUACUCGGCACCGUUUCCCGUGCCGGUGCCCAUACCGCUGCCCAUACCCGUGCCGAUCUUCAUACCCACCACUCGCAACACCGCCCAGGGUAUCCUCAAGGAGAUCAAGAAGAUCCAGGACAAGAUGCCCGAGGAUCCGCUCGAGGCCGAGUUGCUUAUGAUGGCCGAAAUGGUGGCCGAGGAGAAGCACGACUCGGACUCUGAUUCGGACAACGAAAUCAAGCCGGAUCCGGGCCUGGUCAACCUGCAGUACCAGAACAGCCUCGAGUCCGUCAACCAGCAGCAGCAGCAGCAGGUCGUCGAUGUCAGCGGCGCCGGUCACAAUCCCUAUGGCGACGACAUGCUCCAGAUUGCCCUCAAAAUGGCCACGGCCGACUACGAUAAUCAUCACCAAUCGUCAACUGUCGACCUGGAGUCGUCAAUGACGGCCAACACGAUCACCAAUCAAUCCCCCAUGGGACACGACGCAAUGGGACAAAUGAGUGUCCACCAUUUGGAUCAGCAGCACCACAUGCUGGAUGCUUCAAGCCGUUCUCCCCGUGGCCGCAAGCGAGGCGGUGGCUCUGUCAUGGACUCACCGAAUCGGAACAGCCGUUCGCCAGUGAAGAGACCGCGCGGAAACGAAAUGGAUCACUCGGCACUGCAGCUGCAGUCACAGCAGGCCCAGCAGCCGCAGGAGAAGCCCGAUGCCCAGAUGUUCCUCAAGUACACGUUCGGCGUGAAUGCGUGGAAGCAGUGGGUGAUGACCAAGAAUGCGGAUAUCGAGAAGAGUUCGAUGCGCAGGCGACCCUUCAAAACGGAACUGCUGCAAAUGACUGCCGACGAGCUGAACUACUCCCUCUGUCUCUUUGUGAAGGAGGUGCGCAAGCCAAAUGGCACGGAAUAUGCACCCGAUACAAUCUAUUAUCUUGUUUUGGGAAUUCAGCAAUAUUUAUAUGUCAAUGGACGUAUUGACAACAUCUUUUAUGAUGCAUAUUAUGAACGAUUCACGGAGUGCCUGGAUGAGGUGGCCCGCAAGUUCUCUGUACUCUACAAUGAUUCCCAAUAUAUUGUUACUCGCGUGGAGGAAGAGCAUCUGUGGGAGUGCAAACAAUUGGGAGCCCAUUCGCCGCACGUGCUGCUCAGCACACUGAUGUUUUUCAACACAAAGCACUUUAAUCUGACGACCGUGGAGGAGCACAUGCAGUUAUCCUUCUCGCACAUAAUGAAGCACUGGAAGCGCUCAUCGCAGAAUUCUAAAGUUCCUGGGUCACGAAAUGUGCUCUUACGUUUUUAUCCACCGCAGGCGGGUCUGGAUGCUAAUCCGCGGAAGAAGAAGGUAUACGAGCAGCAGGAGAACGAGGAGAAUCCCCUGCGCUGUCCCGUCCGUCUUUACGAAUUUUAUCUAUCAAAAUGUCCGGAGAGCGUGAAGACACGCAACGAUGUGUUUUAUCUGCAGCCCGAGCGUUCGUGUGUGCCCGAUUCGCCCGUUUGGUACUCGACGCAGGCUCUCGGCCAGGACGCUCUACAGCGCAUGCUGCAUCGCGUGAAAAUGGUGAAGGAGAUCAACAUAGCGCUAUUGACGACUUAAUGUUUAGUUGGGCGGCAGCAGCAGAUAAGAUGCAUCAGCAUCAGCAGCAUAUAUCAAUGUGUAUGUGCGAGGAUUAUUAUUGCCUGGCAAAUGAGGUCUGAAUCGGAGGAGUACUUUUCAGCUUCGUGCUUAGCACGAGCUUGUUUGCGGGCAAAACCAAUUAGAGCUAAACGACAGAGAGAAAGAGAGAGGAUAGGCCUAGGCCCUCGCGCCAAGGGAGCUUGAAAGUGCUAUACCAUAAAUUCUGUUUUUAAUUUACUUUUAUAUUUUAAUUUCCUUUUAUAUUUUAAUUUUCUUUUUGUAUUCAUUUUGGACAGCGUCGAGAGAGGGCGUCAUAAGGAGUGGAGUUGUAUAAAUUUUAAACGAUAA